GGGACGCCUACCUCGACGGGAGCGCGCAUCUCGGGGCGGGGGCCUCUCGCUAUCGCCUUUUCGUCCCGCCCCAUGCGGGCUCCCGACAGUCAAAAAGGACGCGAGCCGAGAGGGUGGGCUGGGCGCGUGUCACGGGUUGUUUCCUGUUGUGAGGAGCCGGACGAAAGAGGAGGGCGGGCAACUGUGGAACCAAGCGGCGCGGUACAGGAGGCUCCCCCCCCCAGGAGAAGAAGCGGGGGCCGCCCGCUGCCUCCCCAUGCCCCCCAUGGCUCUCCGACGGGCUUUCUCGGGGUCCGUCGUCCUCCUGCUUCUCUGCGCUCUGAAGGACGCCGCCCUCGGAGCUCCCACGCCCGGGGAGCAAGGAAGCUGUGAACAGCCCACAAAUAAAACAUGUGAAGAAUGCCUGAAAAAUGUAACGUGUUUAUGGUGCAGCAGCACCAAAAAGUGCAUAGACUACCCUGUCCGAAAUAUCCUUCCUCACAGUUCUCUUUGCGAGCUGAGUGCUGCACGCUGGGGUGUCUGUUGGGUGAAUUUUGAAGCUCUGAUUAUUACAAUGUCUGUGGUGGGAGGAACAAUCCUUAUUGCUCUCUUUGUUUGCUGCUUCUGUUGCUGUUGCAAGAAGAAAAAGAUCAGAAAGCCAGAUAAGGAUGAUGAAAAAACUGCCAGGGAGAGAGAACAAAGAAGAAUAAGGCAGGAAGAGAGGAGAGCAGAGAUGAAAUCUAGACAUGAUGAAAUUCGGAAAAAGUAUGGCCUGUUUAAAGAAGAAAAUCCAUAUGCCAAAUUUGAGAACAAUUAAAAUUUCUAUUUGGCAUGCCAAAAUAAACUCUGGUAAAGCUGUCCAUUGAAUGUGCCAUGCAGCUGCUAAAAGAUCCUGCAAUUUAGAUGCCUUAAUUGCAAAUGAAAAAGUAGUCAUAAUGCAAGAUGGAGCCGAUUGAAAUGAGUUGUUAAUAAACACUGAGUUGAAGCCAGCAUACCUCUGAAAAUCCAGAUGGCCUUGCAGGAGACUGCAAGAUAAUUAAAUUAUACUUGCUUGUUCUGCAGGUGCCUUUGUUACCAUAGUAUCUUGCUUGCAUAUGCUUUUGUUUACCAGUCAAGCCUUGUACAAACCCCUUUAUAAAGCAGAGAGAUAUAGUGCACAUAUCUUCCGUCUUCUUUGUGAUCAAAAAAUUGUAGCUAUUUUAAUGUAAAGGUGGAUUAGGUUACAGUUUAUAGGGUUACCUGGAAAUCCUAGCUGGAUAGGCUGAAUGAAGAAACAUUAAGUCUUAAUUGUGCCACUAGCAAAAAGUACCCAAAUUGUUCCAAAAACAGAUGUUUUUAUCAUGAGAUUAUGAGGGUUUGCACUUUUAUAUAUUAACACUAUUUUUUUCCUCUGCUAUACAUGUACGGUCCUUUUGUUCUUGUACCUUUUAAAAUAUUUGUACGAUGAAAGUAGUUAGACUCAUUGUGAUUUUAGUUUUUAUGUUGUGUUCAUUAGACAGUUGCCUAUGUGAAGAAUUUCAAAAAGUUUGCUAUAUUUAAAUAUUUCUGAAAACCCAGUUAAACUGCUUUAUACUACUUGUAAUAUGAAGUUGCCAAAUCUGAAUCGCAUGAAGCAAUAUAUAAUCUUGGAAAGAAUGUCUCUAGCUACCAAAUUAUCAGAAGAAUGAAAGGACUCUUUUCCAAGUAAAGAACCACAGUGAAACCUUGACAUUAAUUUCUGCUGCCUGGAAUAAGAUUAGUUGAUAAAAUCUUUUGGCUUGAUGCAAUAGCCUGUUUUUCAACCUGUUCUGCAUCUGAGUCCAUGCACUGGAGUUUGAAUGCAUGGUUUUUCCUAAGAUGACAGAUCAAAACAUAAUGAAACCAACGUUUUGGAAAAGUAUAUUUAAAGAGCUGCCUGGAACAAAUGAAUUAGAGGGAGGUGCUUUAAAAGAUACUUGCAGUAUACCAAAUGUAUUAUCUAAGAAACGUGAGUAAAACAAUCCUAGAUCAUCUGCACAGAAUGCAGAGGAGAACAUUAAUGGCAUUUGACACCAUUGGACAGUAGAAGAUCUAAUUCUGGUACUUUCAUGCUGACAUCCUUUUUGGAAAAAAGUAUGUUAAUCACUUUGAAGUAUAAUUGUAAUCCUAAAAUUUGUAUAGAUUUUGUCAAUGGCACAAACACAUAAUACUCCUUAAUCUGUUGCAGUGUUUGAUUUUCUGGGACACAGUGAAUUCUACAAAGCUCUCAGAGUUCUUAAGAGGAAUGUACAGAAUAGAGCAUUCCAAAACUAUAGGAUUUUGCAUAAUGAAAAACUUUCAUACAAUUCUCUUGCCAUAUUAAUAGCUGAAAUUAAACUAUAGUGAAAAUAUGUAAAUUAUUAAGCUAUCAAAAUAAACAGAUUUAAUACAUUGCCAUUCUAGACCUCUGUUGUCCUUGUAAACCUAAAGAAUGGGGAAUUGAGUGUGGACUUAAACAAAUAUUCUGCUCUGUUUUAGAGAAAUGAGUAAACAAAUGCUUUUUCAGUCUGGAAGGAACUAAAGGAAAAAAAGUUUAGCAUUAGCAACUUCUAUGCUCUUCUACCUAUUUGCAUUCUAUACUUUGGUUCUUGCUGCUUAAGCCAUUUCACCCAUAGGAAAUUCUUCAAAAUCAGCCAAGGUGUACUGAGGAAAGAUGUCUCUAGUUUGGUUUAUGCUUAAGUCACAGAAAGCCAGGGUGGUCUAAAUUUUCCUGGCCCUCAAGGUGCCUUGCAAAACUUCAUGAGUCAUGGUGGUGGCACAUACUGCCCCCCUCCACACAUGUAGGAUGCAGCAGGGCAUGCUGUUCCUUCCCAAGUUGCUGAAGGAGGUGGAGGAUAAGGCUGUAGCAGUGACAACUUCCCCCACCCCAUUGUCUGAGAAGGAUAUGCUCAUAGGUGCUCCAGAGUUCAACCUGAACUAGCCAGCCCUGAAGUAUAAAAUGACAUACAGCCUCGCUUUUUCCUACUUCUGUACAAAAGAGGCAGGUGCACCUCCCUUCCAAGAAAGGAAAGGAGGUAAAAAAAAAAAA